CAGGAGGGCGGAAGGAAGGACACCAGGACUUGCCCAGAUCGUCUUUUGGGGCGGGGGGGGGCAAGGAGAGAGUAGACCUUGGCAGGGACCUUGGCGGAGGAUUUGAACUUUAUUUCCCGCGGUUCUAGGCGUGAUAGGCGUUGCUUCUGUCGGGAAGGGAUCGGCCCUGAUCCUCCCAGGGCCUCUGAGAGGCAACUGCAGAGCCUGUCAUCCCUUCCUUCGAGCAGCCCGGGGCAUCACUUAAGAAGGAGUGUCAAACCUCGGCAGCUUUAAGACUUGUGGACUUCAACUCCCAGCAUGGCUGGCUGCGGAAUUAUUGGAAAUUGAAGUCCACAGUUCUUGAAAGUUGCCACGGUUGGAUAGCCCUGACUUAUAUAGUUCGUUCUCCAUAAAUUGGUAUGGUGGCCACUGACAGUCUUGAGAUAAAAAGAACACAAUUGUUCACCACCUUCGUCCAAUGCAUGGAUGGGGAGGGAAGGAGGGAGGGAGAAGAAAACAAAUUUCCCCACAGGGGCGUUGAAGCUCUUGGAGGCCAGAUUUGAUGCCUUUCUAAAGGCUGAUGAAUUCUCCCCUGCUGGAAAGUUGAAACAGGAUGUUCAUCUGCACUUUUUAGACCAUGUUCUGAUAAACAGAGUCAAGAGUAUUCAACUUAUAUUUGAAAGACGCACAGGAACUCUCAUAGACAAAAGCUCAUUAGAUGAAACCAAGUAUGAAAAACUUGCGGAAGAAACACUGGAAUCGUUAACAGAUUUCUUUGAGGAGUUAGCAGACAAGCCAUUUACUUCUAAAGAUUACGAUGUCUCCUUUGGGAAUGGAGUACUAACAGUGAAACUGAGUGGAAACAUGGGAACUUAUGUAAUCAAUAAACAGACACCAAAUAAACAGAUAUGGCUCUCUUCUCCAAUCAGUGGCCCAAAACGAUAUGACUGGACUGGAAAAAAAUGGAUUUAUUCUCAUGAUGGUAUUUCUCUUCAUGAUCUAUUGUCCAAGGAACUUUCACUUGCAUUAGCAACUGAACUGGAUUUAUCAACUUUAACACAUGCUGGUGGAGAGCCUAAUUCUUGAUAUCUAUAAAAAUCCAAAGACUUAUAUCUAUAAAAUUUAUAUCUAUAUUUAUAUCUAUAAAAAUCCAAAUGGGACUUAGACCCAUUUCUUUCCUCCUCACGAUACUCUAGUUUUAAUAUGUUUGUCCAAAUUUAAAUUCUCAAAACAUUUGUUAUUCAAAUCUAUUUUAUUAAGCACUAAUGGAGAAAAAUUAUAUAUAUAUUGGCUUUACGUGUUUUUGUUCUUUUUCUUGUGUUGCAAGGACAACAGUGAUGAAAUAUUUCUGCAAGAUGGUAUCCAGUUGUAGAAGUGUGAUAUUUGCAUGAGGGUUGCCAGCCAAACAGGAUGCUUUUGCUAUAUGUGUACUCCACUAUCAAUAACUUUUAUAAUGCAAUGUUCAAUGGACCUACCAUAAUCAAGUGUUGUGUCCAAUAUAUCAUGAUAUGUCCCACCAUAGAAUGCCACUAUAUACAAUAAUUUCUAGGUAGCCUUUGCGUGAAGCCCUUCGAUAAUUCUUACAGAAAUGAAUCUUAUUAAUGGGAUAUUUAUUUUUUAAAUAAGAAACAGACUAACUGAAAUAUGCCUACCUAUUUCAUGUAUAUAAUUAAAAAAACCCGAAUUUAUGUUUAACUUUGAAA